AUGGCUUCAUGGAUCUUUAAGAAUCUAAUUUUUACACUAGUUCUUAUUGUGGCAACAAAUUUUGUUCCUGGAUAUACAGGUGUAGACGUCGCUAUUAAUGGCAUCACAACUGACUACAUUAUCAUCAGGAAUAUCUCAGAUUUCAUUUCACUAACAUGCGCUGCAGUCAACAACACCCAUGAUGAAGAGUUAGUCUGGUUUCGUGGAGACAGACAAAUUAACUUGAAGUCUAUGAAUCGGAUCAAUGUUAGUACUGUCUGCAUUGAUCCACUUACAGAAAAUGACGAUGAAGCUAAGUUCAGCUGCCAUUUAAACAAAGACCAUAAAAUUAAUACAACUGUGCGCCUGGACAUCAAAUUUAUGCCGAUUUUGAACAGGGAUGGUGAUGGUCAAAUAGACGUGUAUGUAGGAUACAGUGUAAAGCUACAAUGCAAUGUGAAGUCUAAUCCACCAGCUGCGAUGUCCUGGCACAAAGAUAACGGUGUCCUAAAGAUGGUGACAGGCAAACAGAGUGUGUACUGGGACAGUGGUGUUUUUACUCUAUCCAUUAAAAAAGUAGAGAACAUAGACAAUGGGACGUAUGUCUGUGUGGCUGACUCUGCACUUGGAAGCAACAAUUUGACCUUCCAUCUAAAUGUGAAAGAUAAACCAUAUGUAGUUCCAUUUGAACCAAUUGUUGCUGGGCUGACAGUUGUUUUGCUGACUGCUUUUUUCGGAAUCUUUUCACGGAGAAAAAUAAUUAUUCAGUGCUCAGAGAAGAUUCUUCAGUUUGUUAAAAAGCCUCCUGGUGCUUAUCUAUGGACACCCAGAUCCCCUGUAAAGAGUGCAGUACUAGGUCAGAUGCUUGAUGGCAGCAAGGAACCAGUCAAAGAUCCAUGGGUAGCAGUCAGAGAAGUAGGUGGCAGGUGGGAAACUUUAUUAAUGGCUGUAAAAAUCCAGGUAUUUGAGUUCUCGUAUUUCACUAAGCUGGCUGCGAUCUGGGAAAGCCUGCUGGAGAGGAUUAGAUUUAAGGACAGUACCCAGCAGCUGGAGAAGAUAGGGGAUUAG